AUGCCCUCCCACACUCCCAUCCGUCAAGCUGCCGCAGCUACCACCACCACUACUACUUCUUCCCCCGCCAUGAAGCGCGGCGUGAGCCGCAACCCCCGCCUAGCAGCCGCAACCCUAGCCCUAACCCUCACAGCCCUCGCCGUCCAGCAAGUCUCCUCCUCCCGCACCAGGGAGAACGAGUCGGCGCGGAGGAAGGCGGGAGACCUCUACGUGAGCGUGGAUCGGAGUGGUGGUGGCAUCUAAAAGUAACAUACCUAAUUCUCAUUUACUUCAAUUAUCGGUAGAAUGUAUGCAUAACAGGUAGAACAAAACGCAACAAAACAUAAUCAAGCCGCAAUCUGAUCAAAGGAGCCCUCACGCCACCUAGCUUUCUUCCGACAUCGCGCAGACGGGUGGAACAGGAGAUGAUUCAGAGAGAGGACGAUUCUCGUGCUGAGAUUCUGUAUGUUCUUACACUCCAUACCAUCCCAUCCAUCAUCACAACACUGGACAAAAAGAGGACACAACACAACACAAAAAAGCAGAUUACUGAAUUGUUAUCCAAUUAUGGACAUAUCUAAUGAUACAUAUAAAUACAAUAAAUACAAAGCACCCCAAACCC